AUGACCAACUCCACCACCCUCAACCCCGGCGCGCACUUCGCUGCCAACAGCGCCAGACGUCCUUUCAAAGAAACCGAAUCCGAAAGACCAGACUGGGACACCACGCGCUCCGGCUUCUCCUGGCACAAAACGCUCAAUCCCGCCUGGAAACUCGGCGAUGGCGCCUCCAAGACCGCCGCACCGCCCAGCCAGAUCCCCAUCGACCCCUUCGAGGAAGGCCGCUCGCCCUUGUUCAACUACCGCCUCAUCACCUCCGCUGUGAUCCCCCGCCCCACGGCCGUCAUGAGCACGCUCUCCGCGGACGGGAGCAGUAACCUCGCGCCGUACUCCUUCUUCCAGGCCAUGUCGCACGACCCGCCGACGUUUGUGGUCAGCCAGGCGGUCUCCGGGGACCAGAGCAAAGACACGCUGAGGAAUCUGCGGGAGACGGGGGAGUGUGUGAUCAAUCUGUUGAAUGAAGAUAUCAUCGAGGCGGGGAAUGCUUGUUCGGUUCAGGCGCCGCAUGGGGUGUCGGAGUGGGCGCUUUCCGGGCUGACGCCGGCGAAGGGAGAGGUCGUCAAGGCGUCGCGGAUUGCGGAGGCGGCGUUUGCGGUGGAGUGUAAGCUGAAGGAUGUUUAUGAGAUUCAGUCUCGGGCGAACCCCGGGUCGGUGUCGAGCGCGAUUGCCAUUUUGGAGGGUGUGCGGUUUUGGGUGAGGGAGGAGGCUGUGGAUGAGGAUCGGAAGACGGUCGAUAUGGCCAAGUCGAAGGCGGUGGGGAGGUUGUAUGGGAUUGGGUAUACGAGGAUCUUGGAGGGGUUCCAGAUUCCGUGGCCGACGUGGGAGGAGGAGGUUGAUCGGGCGGAGAAGGAGGGGUUGGUGAAGCCGAAGGUUGAUGGGCAAUGA